AUGACCGACCGAGGAACAACUUUCAAGGGAGAGGUUGUUCAAGCCGCCGUGAGGAAUUGGGGAAUUAGGAUGGUUCAAUCCACCCCAUACAAUCCCCAAUCGAAUGGCCAAGCAGAGGCUAGUAAUAAAAUGAUAAAAGGGAUUUUGGAAAAAAUGAUCGAUCAUAAUCCCAAGGAAUGGCACUCUCUUCUCUGCAACUCUCUAUGUGAGUAUAGAACCUCGAAGAGGUCUGCCAUGCGAACAACGCCACUCGCCCUCAUCUACGGCCAUGAUGCCGUCUUACCACUUGAGAUUUCGAUCAAAUCUCUAAGGGUAGUUCGCCAUGCCGAAUGGAGUAAGGACGAAUAUGAGCAAGCCAUGACACAAGAGUUAGAUGACCUCGACGAGGUUAGAUUGGGCGCUAUAGAUAGAUUGAAGGCCCAAAAAGAGGCCGUGGCUCAAGCAUACAACAAGAGAACCAAAGGCAAGAGUUUUGGGGUUGGAGAUUUGGUAUGGAAAACCAUUCUUCCGGUGGGAUCAAAGGAUCCAAAAUUCAGCAAGUGGUCCCCAACUUAG